AUGAAGACUAACAAAGUCUACAAAACCCCACGCACGUGUGGCUUUUCAAAUAGACAUUUCCGUCGGAUUAUUAAAAAGAAAGUAAAGGAGGAAAUUGAUAAACAUGAUUCAAAAGAAAAAAAAACGGAGACAAACCAGCCUGAUAAUGAGAAAGUGAGAAGCAGUGAGGACGCGAGGAGCAGCGAGGGCGAUACUGAUAAUAGCAGUGAUGGAAUUAUUGACGAUUUCAACCAAGAGACUGAAGAUGGUAAUGAAAAUAAUAUAAAUGAUGAGGAUAGAGCAGAAGAUUUGGAACAAGGUGACAACUGCAGUGUAAAUUGCAAUGAAUAUUUUCCAACUGAAAACGACGUAAUUGAUACAGAAACUAGUAGUGGCUCCGAAAACUCUUACAUGAGUGACAGCGAAGAUUUCGAUAAGACAUCAGACGAAGACGAAGACGAAGAAAAUUAUAUUGACAGUAAUAAAAUGCUAGGACGUUUUUAG